CCGUGGAUCCACCGACACGCGCUCGCUCAUCACUGACACGACCCGCUGUGUGACCGUCCAGGACCACCCAGAACCACCCAGAACCACGGACCAUGAACCCGGACGAGACCCACCUGGAGCUUAAGGACGCGCCGGACCGGGAUGCGGCUAGGACCGGUCCGGAUGCGGAUCAGGUGCCUCCGGAUGCUGAUGCGACGGAGGCCGACGUGAGCGAAGCGGAUCUGGACCAGGACCAGGACCAGGAGGAGCAGGAGAAGCAGCCGAUGACCGGGGGGGAGCAGCGGCCCGCGGACGGAGCCGCAGCCGGGAACGGGGCCGAGAAGAACGGGGCCGUGAAGCUGAAGAUCCCGGAGGACGAGGAGGACCAGGUCCAGUUCACCGGACUGAACAAAGAGGAGCUGCUGAGGGUGGCGGGGACCCCGGGGUGGGUCCGGACCCGCUGGGCCCUGCUGGUGGUGUUCUGGUUGGGCUGGUUGGGGAUGCUGGGGGGGGCGGUCCUCAUCAUCCUGCAGGCGCCGCGGUGCCGAGACCUGCCUCCGACCCGCUGGUGGACCCACGGACCCCUGUACCGGGUCGGCAAUAUCCAGGCCUUCAGUGAGACCCAGAACCUGAAGGGUCUGGAGCAGAAGGUGGACCGUCUGUCAGAGCUGAAGGUCAAAGGUUUGCUGGUCGGUCCAGUCCAUGUGGCUCCGCCUGACGAUGCCAUGAAUCUGAGCUUUGAGGAGGUUUCGCCGGACGUUGGGAACCUGGAACAGUUUAAAGGCCUGGUCCAGGCGGCCCACAAGAAGGGCAUUUCGGUGGUUCUGGAUCUAACUCCGAACUACCUGGGCUCGUCUGGACCCUGGUUCUCCAACGUCACAGUGACCAGCGUCGCUGAGAGACUGAAGUCCGCUCUGGUCUUCUGGCUCAGCGAAGGCGUGGACGGUGUCCAGCUGGGGGGCGUGGAACGGGUGGCCACCGUGGUUCCGUCUCUGUGGACCGACAUCCGGACCAUUGUCCAGAACUGGACUGACCACCGACCCCACAAGAGGGUUCUGAUCGGCGUCACCGACCGGUCCUCGGCUGAAGACGUCUCUGCUCUCCUGUCGUCUACCAGGGUUGACCUCCUCCUGUCCCGCGUCCUGAGGGCAGAUACCACGGAGCGCGCUCAGUCCGUGCAACGCCUGUACUCGACCCACAGUCAGAAUAACCUGCUGUGGAGCCUGGAGGGGGGGGCCGAGGGUCACAUGGCCUCAGUGGGCGGGGCCGCUCUGGUUCAACUGUACCAGCUGCUGCUGUUGACGCUGCCGGGGACGGCGGUCUUCAACUACGGAGACGAGAUCGGACUGAAGGACGAGGGAGGGAAGUUUCCCAAGAUGCUUUGGGACUCAGACGAGGAGCUGAAUGGGACUCUACAGGAGGAGCGCCUGCAGCGUCGCUCCUGCCGUUCUUUCUUCCAGACUGUCAGUGAACUCCGGGUGAAGGAGCGUUCGCUGCUGUUUGGAGACUUUGUGCUCCUCUUUAACUCCUCCUCCUCGCUGGCCUACCUCCGGGUCUGGGAUCAGAGCCAGCGCUACCUGGCGGCCUUCAACUGGGCGGAGGAGGAGGGGGAGGAGCUACGGCUGAGUGGGGUGGAGCUUCCCCGCUGGGCCACUGUAGUGGUGAGCACCAACAGCAGUGCCCUGCCGGCCAACGCCCACGUGGAGCUGACGGCGCUGAGGCUGGAGGCUGGGCACGCCGCGCUGCUCAAGUUCCCCUACGCCUGAGAGGGGUGGGGCGGGGGCGGGGCAGGGUGGCGCUGCUGAGCAUCAUGGGAAAAGAAGACCAUCUCCUCCUCCACUGACCUCCUCCUCCGUCGGUUCUGGUUUGUGUGUAGACGAUGGCAUCUCCAUGGUAACGCCUCCGUCUCCUGUUUCAGUAUCUUCGUGUCAGAUGAUGAAGAUGAUGAUGAAGAUGUGUUCAUUGGUGGAUAAAUGUUCACUUCCUGUCAUGUGACCUUUGUGCUGUUUAUUGAUGUUGAAGCCAAAUAAAAACCCUGAAAUAAAGGCAUGG